CAUCUGGAAUUUUCUAUCUGCUUAUAUAAUGUCGCUUAAACACAGAUAUUCUUUAUUUUAAUCGAGUAUUAAAGUACGGUUUAAUAUAGAAGAAGAAGUGUCGCGGGUUAUUGCGUUCGUUUUGCGAGCUUUUGGAUUUCUGAAGGAUUUUCCGUUUAUCGGUUCCCUGCUCGCUGUUAGCAUUUAGCUAGUUAGCAUUUAGCCGGCGUUUUAUUUAAUUUGUUGUUUUUGAUAAAACUCGUUUGCGCUUGAUUUGUGUUUUGUUUGAAUUUAAUUUAAGUGUAUUUAAAGGUGUUUUUUGUAACCCAGGAACGCGCACAUAUAUUUUACCGUACACGUUUCGGUUACAUUGUUUAUUAGCUACCGUUAGCUCAGGAGCUAGUUAGCUAGCUAGCUGGACGGUUGAGUUUCCCUGGUAACGGAUCAGAAUAUAAAAGACUGCUUUAAGAACUGAAGGACUGGUCAGUAAAUUCAUCAUGGAAGGGAAACACAAGAGCCGUAAGAGCAGAGACACCAGCAGCAGCAGCAGUAGCAGUAGCAGCAGCCGCAGUGGGAGCGACAGUGAGUCGAGCGCUGGGCCCGGUUCCCCCGCCAGUCCCGGGGCUGGAGUUUAUGCUGAUAGCGGCUCUGGAGCGGGUGCAGCCGGCGGCUCCUCCGGGAACGUGUUCGCUAACGACGGCAGCUUCAUGGAGCUGUUCAAGAAGAAGAUGGAGGAGGAGCGCAGGAAGAAGGAGCAGGAGGAACUGAAGAUCGAACACAAGUCUCAGGAUAAGAAGGCCGUUAACAUGACCAGCUUUGUGGGCAAGCGCAGAGGUGGCGCCAAGCUGGCCCUCAAGACUGGAAUGGUGGCUAAGAAGCAGAAAACGGACGCAGAGGCUGAGACGGGUAAAGGAGACGCCUGGACUAAGUACAUGGCCGAGGUGAAAAAGUACAAAGCUCACCAGUGUGGAGACGAUGACAAAACCAGACCUCUGGUCAAAUAGACUCUGCCGAGCGACUCGCCCCGGGCCGUCCGACACCACAGCCCAGGAGAAACGUCAGCGUGUGCUUCAUUUGCUUAUCUUCUCCUCCCCUGCCCUUUAGUUCUUAGGUUUCCAGUCUUACUGUACCCAGUCUGUGCCCACUGCAGUCAUCAGGUGAUUCGGAUACGUGUUUUAAACGUGUGAUUUAAACCUGAUCAUCCUUUAUUGGUAUUAGUGUAAUACUUUUUGGUGUUUGUAGUAUCAGAACUGAUGACAGAUUAUUUUCUGUUUUUUGUUGUUGUUGUUUUGUUUUCUCUUUAUUUUGGGUAAACGAUGUCCAUCUAAAUUUAAGGGUAAAAAAUUAAAUGCCAAAUUCUGAAUGAAGCGGUGUCGUCUGAUCCAACUCAUCUGUUGCUUUUUAUGGUGGAAGCGGCGUUUGAACCAAGUUCCAAUCCUAGACAUGAAAAUACAAACACUCUGGAUCCAGUUUAUAUUAUAAAAAAAGAUCGUUAAAGGUGCACUGCUGAUUUUUUGCUCUUAUUAGUACUCCAAAUAAGCAGAAAGGUUGAACCCUUGGUUCUGUAGGUCUCUCGUGGUGUGGUCAUACCCAACACGUCCCUGUAUUCUUUAAAUGCAAACACAGUGGUGAUCUGUGCUCAACUGUCAGAGUAUCAGGUCAGGACGUAACCGAAGGGGGCGCUCAGCUAGUGCAGAGGUUUAAUACGGGGGAGUUCCUCUGUACGAAAUAUGGAUCUAGGUGGGAACCCAAAACUGGCAUGUGAUAAGCAGCCGCAGAUUGGACGAGUCAUAGGGGUCACAUGGUGAUCCAACUCUCCUAUAUCAGACUGCUGGUUGUAUAAGCGGUAGCGGAUUCACAAUCGGGAAUCGAAAUCGACUAGACUGAGAGAUAAAGGGGGAAAACAGACAAAAUAAAGUGAAUGAUUUUUUUUGUUGU